GAGAAGAAAAAACAUUUGCAAAAAAAAAAAAAACGAUAAUCUAACCUCGCGUAAUAGAAUUUAAAGUGAUUUUUAUUUUGCUGGUACAAUUUAUAAAAGAAAAUUUAUAAAAAAUAUUAAAUAAAUAUACAAAAAAUAAAAAACGACUAACGAAGUUUUUAGAAUAUAACAAACGAAAUGAAACAAAAUUUGGAUAAACGUGAUAUACGACCAUUCAUUUAUGGUGGUUUAGCAUCAAUAACAGCGGAAUUUGGCACAUUUCCAAUUGAUACUACAAAAACCCGCCUCCAGAUUCAAGGUCAAAAAAUCGAUCAAGCAUUUGCACAACUGCGAUAUCGUGGCAUGACGGAUGCAUUUAUAAAAAUUACCAAAGAAGAGGGUCUGAAAGCAUUAUAUUCGGGAAUUUGGCCGGCAGUAUUAAGACAAGCCACUUAUGGCACUAUCAAAUUUGGUACCUACUACACACUUAAAAGUAUUGUAAGUGAACAUGGUCUACUUAUCGAUCCCGAUACGGGGACAGAAAGAGUAUGGGGUAAUGUAUUGUGUGCAGCGGCAGCAGGAGCGAUAUCAUCGGCCAUAGCAAAUCCCACCGAUGUUUUAAAGGUACGCAUGCAAGUGCAUGGGAAGGGUACAAUGCAGAAAAGUGUUUGGUCUUGCUUUCAUGAUAUAUAUAAAUUAGAAGGUGUUAAGGGUCUGUGGCGGGGUGUUGGACCUACUGCCCAGAGAGCAGUAGUUAUUGCAUCGGUGGAAUUGCCAGUUUAUGAUUUUUGUAAACUACAGUUAAUGGAAUAUUUUGGUGAUCAUAUGACCAAUCAUUUUAUUUCUAGUUUUAUAGCCAGUUUAGGCAGUGCUAUUGCCUCUACGCCUAUUGAUGUGAUACGUACCCGCCUUAUGAAUCAACGACAUGUUACGGUAGUUAAUGGCAUGGCUACCGCAGCAACAUCUACGAAAAUCUAUACGGGUAGUUUAGAUUGUGCCAUUCAGACUGUACGAAAUGAGGGUUUAUUGGCUUUAUACAAAGGUUUCAUACCCACUUGGGUGCGUAUGGGACCCUGGAAUGUUAUAUUCUUUAUGACAUAUGAGCAACUUAAAAAAUAUUAACAAUAACAUUAAUUUGGCUCGGUUUUACGUUGUCUCUCAUGGCUGUUAGUUUUAACAAAGAACAAACUAUAUACAUUUAGUACAAGCUAAAACAAAAACACCUCAUUAGUAAAAUCAAAGUUAUUUUUUUAUCAUUUAAGACCUUUACUAUAUUCAACAUUAACAUCAUCUCUUUAUCACUCUCCUCCUCCUCCUCCUAUUGCUCAUCCUUGUUUUAAUUUUAAUUGAAAUGAAAAAGUAUAUCGUUAGUUUUUAAGUAAAUUGUUAAGAAGUUCUUUAUGCAAGCAUCCCCCUUUUAAAAAUACUUAAAUUUAUAAUUAUAUGUUAAUUCAUAUAAAAUUGUUGUAUAUUUUUCUUUAGCUUUAAAAAAGAAAACGUAUUAAUUUAGUUUGUUUUUAAGUUUAGUGAAAUCUUCUUCUUAGAGUUUUUUUUGUUUUUCUUUCAAUCUAAAAUUUCUUUUCCUUUUGAAGUAUUUUUAUGGUUGUAUUGUAUAAUUUGAAGAAAAUUGCAUUUUCUUAAUGUAAUACUGUCGUACCAAAUAAAAAAUAAAGCUGGUAUUUAAAAUAA